AUGAACUCCCCUCCCCCCAUCCAAGUCGGCUACGACGGCUGGAGUGAUGAUUAUCAGCAACGGGCUUUUUUUUCUAUUUCCUUUCAAAUAAACGUCAAAUCGUGCACACCGCAUGGAAAAGGGAGCGAAAAAGAUGGAAACAAGAACAGAUUCCGAAACGUCAUCAAAGCCCGGACCCGGGGGCGAAAGAAUGCAGGGAUGAAGAAGACAGCACUGGACAGCAAAACGGUUUUGAUUAACGUCGUCGCCGUCGCCUGUGAAGUCGGUAAUUGCGUUGGCUGCUGGCUGCCGAACCGAACGUGCAACAAGUGUCUGUUUGCUUUCGUGUGUUUUCUGUUUGUGUUUGCCAUCCAGAAGAGAAGAAGAGCGUCCCCAGCCAUGAACCCUUCCGAGUGGUUUUCCGAAAUUUCCAACGAACUUUGGCCCGGCCAGUGCUUCUCGGUCAAGGUGAAGCAGGUGCUGCACGAGGAACGCUCCAAGUAUCAAGACAUCAAGAUCAUCCAGAGUGAAUCGCACGGUGUGGUGCUGAUACUGGACGGCAUCAUCCAGUGUACGGAGCGGGAUGAGUUCGCUUAUCAGGAGAUGAUCUCCUUUCUGCCGCUCUGCUGCCAUCCGAACCCGCAGCGCGUCCUGAUCGUGGGCGGCGGGGACGGCGGUGUGGCCCGCGAGGUCGCCAAACAUCCGGCCGUGCUGGAGGUGCACCAGGUCGAGAUCGACGAGCGGGUGGUGGAGCUUUCGAAACAGUACCUCCCGUUCAUGGCGUGCGGGUUCGAGUCGCCCAAGCUGAAGCUCACGAUCGGCGACGGGUUCGAGUACAUGAAGCAGCACGAGGGUGCGUUCGACGUGAUCAUCACGGACAGUAGCGAUCCGAUCGGGCCGGCCGAGUCGCUGUUCCGCGAGUCGUACUUUGAGCUGGUGAAGCGGGCGCUCAAGCCGAACGGCAUCAUCUGCUCGCAGGGCGGCAGCUUCUGGCUGGAUGCGGGGCACGUGCGCGAAACGCUCGACUACUGCCGGAAGCAUUUCCCGCGCGUCACGUACGGGCUGGCCGCGGUGCCGAGCUACCCGACCGGCCAGAUCGGGUUCUUCAUCGCCAGCCUCAAUCCGGAGACGGAGUUCAGGGAGCCGGCCCGUCAAUUCGAGGACGCAGAGAUUGACCAGCUGGGACUGCGAUACUACACGACCGACGUGCAUCGGGCGGCCUUCACGCUGCCCAGGUUUGCGGCCAAAGCGCUUAACCCGUAAAAGCAAUAGCUCCCCCUCGUCCGUUUUUCUACUGGAGGGAUGUAAGACUCACAAACGCCCCAAAUGCGCCACAAUUGUACAACGAGCGAUAAGCAUUGUUUUUAAAAUAGCGAUGAAGAAGAGGUAAUUCUUUUUAAAGUCAAUGCCAAGAAUCUGUUUCUUUCUGUUAUUUCUCACUCUCUCUGUUUCUGCCAAAAUAAAUGUUAUUGCAUCAUGUCCACAUUUUUAUAUCAAAACAAUUAAGUUCUUCUUUUGAAAGUUUUGUUUUAUUGUACAAGUACACCUUAUUUGUAGCUUAUUAUUCACAUUUUUAUACAGUGUGUGCGCGCGACUACCCUGUCUUACUUUCUCCAACAUUAAAUUCCACUUCGCAGGAUUCAAACGAACUAAAAUACAAUUAACAAAAAUGUCCUAACCAUCUCUACCAACCCUGCACUGACUAGAAGGACGAUUGACGAUGGACAGAAAAGUAGGCCGUUUUAACAAAUUACCAAAAACGCGUGUUUUAAUCAGCACCAUCAGCACCAUCCAAGGGUUGCCAAGGGUCACACACAAUGUUAAGGUGGUGGGGGAAGCACGCCAACUGUGCCACCAGCGCCACCCCUCCCCUUCGAACGAAGAUGAUCUUUUAAACCCCUUUUCCGGGUGGGACAACGGGCUGAUUUGGCACGAUUUUUUUUAAAUUAAAAAAAACGUUUCUCUGAUUACGCACUUUUGCUUGUCCGUUAAGUGUGGUCCCUUUCUGGUGUGUGGGGGAUUAAAACAAAAAACGAAUGAGAUUUUCGAAUGUGGGAAUGUAAAGAAGAUUCCUGCACAAAACAGUCUCUCUCUCUCUUUCUUACACAAUUGCUUGUUGCUUUUCUGUGUGUGUAUGUGUCGAAAGUUGAUUAAAACUUUCACACACAAAAAAUAAACGCGCAAGGAAGCACAUAAGUAUGAUGCAUAUAAAUAUGUUUUAAUAGGUCUUGCUGUCUUGCUGUGUGUGCCUGUACAACAACAACACACAAGUGUUUGUGUUUGUGAAAGAGUUUUGUUGUGUACAGAAUAAAAAAAAAGAGAACAUAUUUUUAACCAAAAAAUACAAUAAUCAUUUGCGUGUAAAUACGUCGUCCUGUCCUGCCGUUUAGCACGAUUUAACAAUGCAGAUAAAACGUGAUUUUUUAACUGUCCCUUUUUUAAAAUGUGCUAAACCUUUCUCUCUCUCUCUCUCUCUCUCUCUCUCUCUCUCUCUCUCUCUCUCUCUCUCUCUCUCUCUCUCUCUCU